CGUACGAUAAUUAUCAUGCGUCCUCCGUCUCCUUCGCUCCCAGAGCGAGACUUCACUCUAGAAGCACUCAAGCAGUCUUUACGUGUUGACGGCCGCGGUCCUUUAGAUAUGCGGGCAGUUGUGCUUAGUUUUGGACCCGAACUAGGAUGGGUUGAGUGUUCAUUGGGAAAGACGCGAGUUCUAGCACAUGUUGAUGCGAAGAUGGUAAAGCCACCUGAAGAGCGGCCGCUUGAAGGUAUAAUCACUAUCCAUUCGGAAAUAUCACCCAUGGCGUCAAGUGAUUUUGAACCAGGACGACCAAGUGAAGAGGAAGUUCUGAUCACGCGUAUGUUGGAAAAGGUUUUACGAAGAAGCGAUGCAGUGGAUAAAGAGUCACUAUGCGUCUUAGCUGGCCAACGUGUAUGGCAUCUGCGACUAACGAUACAUUUCCUUGCUGACGCUGGCAAUAUGCUUGAUUGUGCUUGUUUGGCUGGCAUGGUCGCGCUUAAGCAUUUCCGAAGACCCGAAGUGGAAGUAAUUGGAGAUGAAGUUACACUUCAUUCACCAGAAGAACGCGCACCUGUACCUCUGUCCUUACACCACACACCUUUCUGUCUAACAUUCGCAUAUUUCGAUGAGCCAGAUACACCGUCGAUUUUAGAUCCCGCACGACUCGAACAAACACUUGCAACCGGAACUCUUUCCCUCGCAUUAAAUGCCCAACGCGAACUUUGCGUCGUACAAAAGGCUGGUGGUGUCCCGCUCGCACAAGAAGAGAUUUUACGAAUGAUUGAUGUAGGGAUCACGAAAGUGAAGGAGCUGGAUGCUUUUGUUGACAAGAGAUUGAAGGAAGAUUGGGCUGGGAGAAUAGUUGAAGUGAGAUAGUAUAAACGCGGUGAUCAAAAAAUGUACUUAUAGUCAAAAUACCGAGCAUGCUUCCGCAAAACCCUUCUGUCUAUACAUCUCUUUGCAGUUUCUGAAACCACUUCUUGCUCCCGCCAUCACAUUGGGCGCUUCCUGCAAUCUGUCUUUCGACGUUCAAGAGGCCUUCUCAUUACGUAAUCCCGACCGAUAUUUAAAAAUGUACGAUACCCGACACAGAAAAUCGCAAAGUUGUUA